CAGCGUGCAGCUGUUCCAUCGUCCGUCAAGAGACACUGUCGCUCUUGCUUGCAGGCAAGGUAGUCCAGGACGAUUAUACCUUUGCCGCCGCCAUGAAUAUCGUCGAAUGGGCCUUUGGAAAGCGCAUGACGCCGGCAGAGCGUCUGCGAAAACAUCAGAGAGCGCUUGAGCGCACCCAGCGGGAGCUGGACCGAGAGCGGAUCAAGCUGGAGAAUCAGGAAAAGAAGCUGGUGCAGGACAUCAAGAAGAGCGCCAAAAACGGACAGAUGGGCGCCUGCAAGAUCCAAGCCAAGGAUCUCGUGAGGACUAGACGAUAUAUCCAGAAAUUCUACUCGAUGCGAACCCAGCUACAAGCGAUUUCGCUACGCAUUCAGACUGUUCGAAGCAACGAGCAGAUGAUGCAGUCGAUGAAAGGGGCCACCAUGCUUCUGGGAAGCAUGAACCGUCAGAUGAAUCUUCCCGCCCUCCAACGGAUAGCGAUGGAGUUCGAAAGAGAAAACGACAUUAUGGACCAACGCCAAGAAAUGAUGGACGAUGCUAUUGAUGACGUUACUGGAUUGGAGGAUGAAGAGGAAGGUGAAGAGGUUGUUAAGGAGGUCCUAGACGAGAUUGGAGUUGACCUCAACCAAGCGAUGGGAGAAACCCCCUCAGGGCUUCAGAAGGCCUCCGCCAGCGAAGCAAGAGUGGCUCAAGCCGUGGGUGGCGGCGGCGGCAGCACCGACGACGACGAUCUUCAGGCUAGAUUGGACAGCCUUCGACGAUGAUUUGACUGGACGAUGGGUUCUUUGGUUCUUUUUUUUUUUUUUUCUCGAUGGCAUUGCUUUCUGUUU